CAAACAACAAGGAAAAUUUACCGUCGAUGGAUUUAUAUAUAAUUUUAUUGCUGAAAUUACGAAUUAAAAAUCGUUAGAAUCAACGUCAAAAAGCAGCAGCAGCGCCUCUAUUCCCUCUUUUGAGUCUGAAAAUGAUACAGAAAUAGGUAUUGCCAAUACAGAUUCAAUAGAAGAUGACUACCGUACAGUCAGUAGGAGCCUUAAAAGAGUAAUCCAUAAAGACUUUGAUUACAAUAUAUAUUACAAAGCAUGGAAGCUUUACAAAACGAAUGCACCUUAAGUAUGCAUGGAAUGUCUCAAGCAAUAGGCUCAUUAAGUGAAUCUAUUAUUUCUGGCGCUAUUUUUUCUUCGAAGCCUAAAUUCUACUUCGACUACAGUUGUACCGGACUUAAUGAUAUAGAAGCACAUCUAAGAAAAACACCUAUUGCAAUCCUAGGUCCUGCCGAAAAAGAGUUCCUUGAUGAUAGUGGUAUUUUGACUUAUCUUGGCUUUUGGUCUGUUUUGUUCUACUGCGUUGGAGGAAAAAUCAAUUCAAAAAAUAAGCACCCAGCUAUUGAGUUCAUCAAAAGCAAUUUGGAAGCACGACACAUGCGUGAUUUUGUAACAACUCCUACUAUUUCGUACGCCUGCCGUCAAUACUACACGAACUUUACAAAUAUAUGUGGACUUAUCAAAAGUACAUGCAGGAUUUAAAAGUUGUAGUAACUCUUAUUAUAAGAGCUAAUCUUUGCAAACAAAGAUUUUUUUCUAAACCCUCCAUGGUAGCUUCAAAAGCCUCCUCGUCAAAAGAAUUCUCCUC